CAGAAGAGGCACAGAAAUGUACUGUUUGUGUAUUGGCUGAGAUGGCAUUUUUGAAUCACAGUUCCCUACAAUAGUGUGUUUCCCAUACCUAAAUUCCACUCCUCACCAAGCCCCUUUCCAAUCCCCCCAGCCAUAGACUCCAGAUAAUACAAUUUACUAAGUCACACUCUGGUUAAUAAACACAGCUGUUUUGUCCAGCCUGCUGACAAUAUUUAUACGAGUGUUCAAACGUAGACCCAAACUUCCUGCCUUAGUUUACCUUUUUUCAGUUUGAAGAAACAAGACAUUUUGCCUGCUCUGCAUCCUUAAAGGUCAGAGAGUGUGAUAAUGAAGUGCUAUAACUGACAGGCUGCUUAUUGACUUCAGAGCUAACAAAAUGAUAAGAGAAAAUUACUUUGCCUCCUGUUUUCAGAAGUAAAAUCAGAUUGGAGACCUUCCCCCAAAGACAAUCGAUUACAUACUUGAGAAGUUGUUGCUAAGACUGAAGAGGUUAUAGUCACGUAAGCUGUCAACCAAAUUCAGUAGCACACACUUGAAUCCCAGUUAUCUGCAGCAAAGCCUUUUUUUACACUAGGUGCCAACAUACAGUUUUCAGGUCCAACAGACAAGUAUUUUUGCACGAUAUUCAGCAUGAGGUUUCUGUGAGGAUAUUAUGGGUAUAACAUGAAUACACAGUGACUGCUAUUCCUUGUUAUUCUUUGUUUGCUUCUCUGUGUAACAAAACUGACCGUAAGCACCCUUUACUCCCAACUUUUCCAUCCUGCCUUCUUUUUGCAUACAGGUAAGAUAUAAUGCAAGAAAUGCAUGCAGUCCGAGAUAUUUUUGCUCUGAAAAAAAUUCACCAUCUGCAAAGCAAAGGAGGAAUAGCCCAGUCAUUGGAAUGUAUUACAGUUUAUUUCCAGGUUGUUGAUACUGUUUUGCAAAUGGAAGAAUUUGAACUUUACACACAAAAGCAUGAAGAGCUACCACAGAAAUUCCUCUCUUGCAAGAGAAGAAUUUCCUUCCGUCAAGUCACCACAAUGUGACUCAUCAUGUCUGGGGAGUGCUCUGUUUAAGGAGAGUUGGUCACUGAAGAUGUUGAAGAACUACAACUCAGCAUUGGAUCAAGGCACUGCAGGGAGCUAGACAUGAAGAGUGAGGAUGGGCAAGCCACUUCUGCAUGGUGACUUCUGUGUAUGGUACAGCAGCAGAAAGGAGUUCAGUGAAGUCUAGUCUUCCCCUGACACAGGCUGAGCAGUCAUGUGAAUUACGCUGAGCUCCUGGCCUCACCAUCCUUUCAGCUCAGCUUUUCCCCUUCUAGCAUUUAUUUCAGUAAAUUUUUGUAAAUUAUUUUUUCAUUUAUUUUGUAACAGUGUAUGGAGUUUCAGCCUGUUGCUUUCCAUGCAGCUCUUCUGUUAUAUUUGUGCUCUGAUAUGUGAACAGAUACCUUUCGAACUGCAAUUCAAAAUAGCAACUAUUUCUAGAGCUUCUUAUUUUAAUGAGGUAGAAAAUCCAGAUAUUUGCCUAAUAUUCCAGGGUCAGAUCAGGUGGAUAGUUAAAUGAAACAGUCUUAAGUUCUGACCAGGAAAGGAGCCUUCCCAUUUUCACAUUCAGGAAGAAAAUACCCAUCUUUAACACUGCCACUUUAACUUCUUAAUGUGCUUUCAACAUGUUACACUUUUGCUAUGACACAGUAAUCAGACUAGAGCCAGCUUCCUUCGUGGUUUCCCUGGAAAUGCUGAAAAAUGAACUAUUCUCAUUGUCUCAGCAUUGGUCGUGCUGCAGUGUACCCUUACUCCCAAAGUAUUGCUAUUGCAGGAAAGAAGUGUGGCUAGCUGGCGAUGGAGGAUGAGGAAGGCUACACCGCUUUAAAUUUACGACCCUCAACUUCAGUUAUCACUCCUGGAUAUUUGAGCAACAAGAAAUGUUCUGCAUUUAAGGCUCCAGGCAGUUGUGUUUUAGUAGACAGAGCCUCUGCCUCAUCUUCCAUAUGGCGGCCAGUGGCCUUUGCUUUCCUCGCUUUGUGCGUGGUGCUGCUGCUGGGGCUGGUAGCCCUGCUGGCCCUGUUUUUUCAGGUUUCCAAGGACCCUGAGGAAGGAAAGAAGCUGCAGGAAAUGAGGGAAGCAUUAUGUUUUGAAGGGAAGGAGAAGAAUGAAACAAAAUGUGCCCUCUGUCCAGCAAGCUGGCAAAACAGUGGAGCUAACAACUGCUUCUACAUUUCAAAGCAGAAGAAAACAUGGAAGCAAAGUCAAGAGUUCUGUUCCUCAAGAAACUCCACUCUUCUUGUGCUAAAAGACAAAGCAAAGAUGGUUUCUCUGCCACAGGAUUCACAGUUUUACUGGGUUGGAUUAUCAUACAUAUCUGAAAGGAGUGGCUGGUACUGGGAGGAUGGAACAGCUUUUUCAAAAGAAGCAACAAAUUGGGUUUUGUUAUAUGACAGCAUCUUCUGUGCCUCCUUAUAUGGACGGAUCAUUUAUGCCAGCCACUCCUGUUCAACACAGCAGUUCUGGAUCUGUGAGAAAGUGGCUGUUCAUUUCACCUGAAGAAGCAGUGCAAGAAGAGAUGUGGGAUCUGCCACUGUGAGAUACCCACU